AGAGAGGGAGUUCUGUAAUCAGAACUUCCUCACAUUUAAAUUUCCCCCUUAAUGUUUUAUAUAUUCUCGUCGCAACGGGAGCUUAGGAGGAAUGGGGUUUAGCCUCGGCUUUAUAUAUCUCUUUUCAUACAACUUGCUUCAGUUCUGUGGACACACAUGGAUUUUCGCAAACAUGACAGCCAGAUUUCUCUCUUUUGGAAAAGAUGCCCAGUUUGGCACUUUCUACUUUGUUGCUGUCAUGAUGGGCGCCUGUCAGCUUCUGUCUUUGUUAGAGCUGUUUCACAUAGCAGAUGGUUUUGAUGAGUGCAGACUUUUCCCUCGCUUUAUGCAGGUAAUUGAGAGAAAUGUCCUUUUGUUUCUCCUCAUCAGUCUGGAGGAGUUUCAGAGCAAACCAAUAGUGUGUGUGCAGUUUUACCUAUGGAAUAUUCUGGGCCUUCUAAGGUAUCCACAUCGGUUGUUUUGCCUUAUAGGCACACCAUAUUUUAAAAUGCUAUGGGUUCAUCAAACACUUACAAUUCCAGUGUACUUGAUGUCUGCCGUCACAGAAGGAAUAAGCAUUUUCCUAAUGUUGCCAUACUUAUCGGAAUCUGAAGGAACAGAUUCAGUCCAACCUAAAGUACCUGCACCGAUGUACAUGUAUUCUCCAUAUAUCGUUAUGAGUUGGAUACUACUUCUUGUAUUAGGAUCCAGUUUAACAGUACUGCUCUUGCUGAAGGAAAGAAAAGAGAAUCUGGAGAGCUGGAAUAAGAAACUGAACUAAGACUAAAUCAAAGACGAUGAUGAACAGGUUCUCCUACUCACCAAAAUCAUAGAAAUAUGUUCAUUGUUACAGUAUUCUGGAGGCACAGAGCUUUUACUGGUUUAAUAACAAAAAAAUAGUUUCAAAAAUGCAAACUUACAGCAUAAAUGCUUUCAUACAUUUAUAUGCAGCAGUUAACAGAUUACAAA